AUGAGGACGUCUUCACUUGCGCGUCAGCUUCUUGUGGAGGCAUGCCUUCUCUCAAUUGCCUUGGCCUCCCCUGCUCCAACUGCUUUCGCCAAUAGUAACGAUGUCGCACCGCCCAACCCCGCCAUUACACCCUCCCCGGUUGAGCGCAACCCUUCUCCAGUCGUGGGCCGAAAUAUCUUGAGCGACGUUGAUUCUGAUGUCGGAACCAUUCUUUCGGGGCUUGGGUCCGACCUACCCUCGUGGGUCGCAUCGGGUGUUCCCAACUUCUUCCAGGGGUUCCCAACUGGGGAUGCUGUUGCGAGCUCCUUGGGCCUACAAAGUUCGGAAUUGGCAGCUCUGCCAACCAAUGUGCUAAAUAUCGAUCCAUAUGCCAACUGGACCAGCUCUGGCUGGAAUAUUCGCUUCCAUGGAAACGUUUAUAAGCAACCUAAUACCUCUGUUUCCGAGUUGAACAAGCUUGCCAAUGUCUUCCUCGUCAAUACUAGCAUCUCGGAUCUUCCUGAAUCCCAGCAGGUUCAGGCUCGUAACCUGACUGCCGAAAUCUUUGUUGUCCAGCAGCCAGAAGUUGCCGUGAAUACGAUCCACCUCGAGCCUGCGCCUAGUCAGGGAGCCAGUGGCCAGCCCGGCGGCGGCGGAUCAUCUAACACCACGGGUGGCACGCAAGAUCUUACCCUGCCUUACAACACCACAGUUGAGGGCGAUUUCGACACCUUUGUGCCCAUCAAGAGUAAUGGCCUUACUGCGGGAAAUGAAACCUCAGCAAUCCAGAGACUCAACACUUACGUCGAGGGUGCAACUAUCGGAAAUAGUACCGCAUAUCUGGUGCCUCCGACCGGCCUAACCAUUGUGUCUGACAUUGACGAUAUUCUACGUGUCACCAAGAUCUACGAGCCGGAGCAAGGAUUGCUCAAUUCUUUCGCGCGCCCGUUCCGGGCUUGGGAGAACAUGCCAGACAUCUACCGCAAUUGGUCUACCAGCCUCCCUAACAUGCAUUUCCACUACCUGACCACUACCCCGGAGCAAAUCACUCGAAAUUACAUGCAGUUCAUCUACACCAACUACCCUGGUGGGUCCUUCGACACCCGGCCUCUCAACUUCAGCGAUGUCUCAGCCACCCUGUCAAUCCGCAAAUUCUUGUUGCAAAAGGUCUUCGAAACCUUCCCUGAGCGCAAGUUCAUCUUGAUCGCAGACACCAGCAAUAGCGAUGUCAUGCGCGACUAUCCCGAAAUGGCAACCGAGUUCCCCGGCCAAGUCCAGUGCAUCUUCCUCCGUAAUACCUCCGCCACUGACCCUGGCGACAAGUUCCCGUACGACACCUCUGGAUUCAAGAACCUCAAUCAGACGCAAUACAUGUUCUUCCUGAACCCUGAUGAUCUGACCAACUUGGAUAUUGCCAAUGGACAGUGCUACAACCAGUCCAUCGCCCAGAACCUGACGUUUGGAUACCAGGGACUGCCUCAUGGACUCGGAUCUACAUCAGCAGUCAACGGGUCAGCGAAUCACACUGCCAAGGGAGCUGCUAGUGGACUAAUGACAAAGAACUCGUCUGGUGCACAAAGCCUCCUGGCCCUGGUCGCGGCACUGACUACGGCCAGUUUCAUGUUCCUGUAA